AUGGCACCAAUCCCUCCACAACGAAUCCCCCCACCGCCACGACUUCGUCCACGCAGAUCACCCUCCAAGGCCGCGACGCGCCUAGCGGGUUCGGUCCAGAAGUUUCUCAGUCUCAAAGUGGUGCUCUACGUCCUGCUAGGCACCGCUGCUGUCUUUGGUGUCGUAGUGCUGUGUUGGAAGCUCGGUUCUUUUGUACGCCAAUUCACUCGAGGACGCAUUCUUCAAAGCCAAAAGUCUUUCAAGACUCGGUAUAUAAAAACAUGGUACGGUUGGGUCCCGCAGGAUCGGUACAAUUCGCAACGCAGGGCGUGGAAACGAGUCCUGGGCAAGCCGUGGAGGUGGUUUUCCUGGACGGAUUCCAACGACGACUAUAGCUGGGUCUGGUGGGAUUCGUCUUACUCCAAGUCGGAAAAGGUGACGCGAAGGGAAUCUCGUCGCCAGUUCCAAAAGCUCAAACGCAGAGACAAGCAUCCUGGUCCAAAGUCCAGGUCGAGUUUCCCUCCUUCCGAUGAUCGGUUAACGCCAUCCAAGCAAACUUUUAGAACACGCCCAGUCAAAACCACCAAGACCUCUCACGUUCCUCUUCUUGAUAGUGAAGGUGCUAGCCCGUCUGUUGUCACUAGGAAAUAUACCCCUGAUGUUCGAGUAUCGUUGCAUUAUUCGAUAUAUCUUACAUAUCCUCUCCACCUCAAGCCGCCAAGAUCGAGACCGGAUUGCAUUCGCCUCAGCGAGUCUGACAAUAUUCCACAAAGAGCUAGGCCAGAUGCCCAGUGGGCUUGUCUCACAAGUUCAGAUCCAUACAGAAUAAUUGCAUGGCGGGCGCGGCGACAUGCUAACGGCAAAGGAAACGAACUAUUCUCGCUUUGCAACAACCGACGAGCGAAACGUCUUAGAAUGUGGGCUGUAAACAUGCAAAUUCAACGUCCUCGCUCUAUGUUACCAUAUCAAGGUUCCCUCAAUGGUUGUCCAGGAAGUCCCGUGUCGGAGUUUUUGAGUAGAUGCUCGAAUCAGCUGAGCUCGCUGCAACAACCUGACCGGGACAAAGCAGGUUUUGGCACGACCAGAAGAAAUGUCCCGCAAUAUCAAGAAAAUAUUCCCUUUGAUUUUGAUGCUAGGUCGGAUUGGACCUUGGUAGUCAACGGUGGGAUACAUUCUCUUUGGCAAAAAUGCAAUAUCACCAUCGCAUCGGCAGCAACGCAAGAGACCAAAAAUAACAGGCAGAAAACAAGUCCAAAGAAUAUGUCUGUUGACAGUUUGCUCGAUGGUGAAUUAUGGUUUCUUGACGGACUGGACCGAAGACUGGAAUGGCUACUUGGUGAAUGCCAACCUGGUCGCAGGGGUUUCAGAUUCCCGAUUCUGCCUAGGACCUGCAUGAGCAAACGUCCACCGAUUGUUUAUACAUAUCCUUGUUGCGCCUCUGUUGAACUCAUGCGCCUCCACGGUGAUUCUAGGAACUCAGCAGGAUGGACGAGAAAUCAAUCACGCGACAGGAUAUCGACAAUAGUUCCCCAGGAAAGACCAAACACCACUCGUACCAGCCCUCGUAUCAACUCUUGGAGGGCACAAGUGAAUAAAUGGCGCAGAUAUCGUGAAAUUGAGGAGAUAAAAAGCAUUGUACAGUGUGGAAGCUCGGCCGAGGAGCCCCCGGACAGCGUUAUUGACCCAUCAAGUUGGAUUCUUCGACGUCCUCCUCAGGGGUUUCCAAUGUCAACGAAACAGAAAAAUGCUUAUUACUGUUGCGAAGCCGGUAGGUGGGAAAAAUUCGAGGGUUGGCAGAUGGACGGCAAAUGA